CCUUCAACACUUUGCAAAUCUCAAUACCAAUAAUUAUUGCUAACUAUCUACUGAUUUUAUUUUCUUCCCCUCAUAUUUAUGGAAGACCCCAAGAACUCAUCUGCCAGCAAGCAAGUUUCUUUAAGAGAAACUGAAGAGAGUGGUUGGACAGCUUAUUUGGAUGAUUUUGCAUUCAGCCAAAACUCAUAUUCCGUGGAUAGUUUUAGCAGCCCUUCUUUGAUUUCUGAUGCUGCAUGGAAUGGUCCUAAUAAUAAUGAUCAACCUAUCGGGUUUUCUUCAUUGGAUGGCUCUAAAUUUCCCAGGAGAUUGAAUUUCAAGAACACAAAUAGUAAGAAACUUACUUGUGAUGAUUUGGAGGAUACAGCUAGCUCUCCAGUCAACAGCCCUAAGGUUAGCAGUUUGAAGGCCAGGAACUUCAAUUACAAAACAUCAGAAGCAAUCUCCAAUAAUUUCUCAAUACAUGGAACAGAUGAGAGAAACGAAACGAAUUUUGCUGGUGAAAGAAAUAGUGAGUAUACGGAGAAAAAGAAGAGGGGAUUUUGCCUGGUGCCUGUGGCAGUGCUCAUGAACCAUCUUCGCUGAACAAACCCGAAAAAAUUACUGAUCAUGAUAAGUAUAUAAUUUUACCGGUGAAAAUCCACGGUUAUCUAAGAAUAGACUGUGUUUGUGCGAACAAACCUAUGUACUCUCCGAAUCAUAUUUUUGUAUAUACUCACUCAUACCAAUGAAAGAAUUUACUGCAAAUUAUGAAUUAAUUACACGUUUUA